UCCAAGAGAUUCAAGCGAAACCGGAAUAGCCUGCAGCAGUGCCAUGAAAUAUAUUUUGUAUUGCCAUCCGUGAAGCUAUAAACAUUAUCUUGUAAACAUUAACAAAAUCAAAUGUAGGGAUUUUUUAAAUGUAUAAUAACCCGAAAUGUAUAAUUUUAAUACAUACAAAUCAGCACAAAUAAUUUACUCUUUUACGUCCCCUCUUGGCAAGUGUUGGAACCUGCAUUUCGUCAGGAGGACCGACACAUCCCCCCAAAAAACGAAGCAAAGGUUUAAUACGCCAAAACAACCGAUGUAUUUUUAACUUCUUGUCUCAUUAUACAAACAGACUAUGUUUCUGUUCGUGGUGUAUUUACGAGUGCUCCAUGUAAUGCCGUGACCGUACGGAGAAUUCCUGUGUAUCGGAGAGUUGGCGCUGUGGGCGUGAGGAGCUACGAGAAACCGAGGAUCUGCUGCGGCCUGCACCCUUCCGAGGCUGGCGAGACUAUGGCCGACGACCCGCUGAGGAACUUCCGCUCAGCCUACUAUGAGAAAGUGGGCUUUCGUGGAGUGGAGGAGAAGAAGUCCCUGGAGAUCCUCCUGAAGGAUGAUCCGCUGGAUGUUGAAAAGCUUUGCACGUUCACGCAGAGGUUUCCUCUUCCCUCCAUGUAUCGCAUCCAUGUGUGGAAGGUCCUCUUGGGUAUCUUGCCCCCUCACAGUGAAUCCCACAGCCUGGUGGCAGUAUACCGCAGGGAGCAGUACCAGGACAUAUUGGCGGCAUUACAAGCCAUGCGCUUUAUACGUGUCGGUAUGCCUCAAGUGGAGGUGCACUUACGCAUGUUCCAGCUGGAGGCGCAGGAGCUGCCCCGCUGCUCUGACCUCAUACCACCGGACAACGCCGAUGAGGAUUUCCUGGCCAUAGCUAAAUCCAUGGGAGAGAUAGUGGAGGACCCUGUGGAUUGCUACUGGCUCAUUAAGUGCUUCGUCAAUCAGUUCAACAACAAGUUCGGAGACUCUGUACCACACCUGCCCAAAAGCCUGGAGCACUACUUAAACAUGGAGGACAGCCGCUUGCUGGGCCACCUCAAGUCUUGCGGAGCCCUCAACAAGCUACCGUACAGCCUCUGGUUCCGCAGGUGCUUUUCCGGGUGCUUCCCAGAGUCCAGUCUGCAAAGGGUUUGGGACAAGGUGAUCAGCGGCUCCUGUAAGGUCCUUGUCUUCGUUGCUGUAGAGAUUCUGCUGAGCUACAAGAUUGUACUGAUAGGUCAGAGCCGACCAGAGGCCAUCGUGCAGUUUCUGAGCAACAUGCCUCAGGAAAACACAGAUGCCAUUGUGACCAAAGCCAUUGACCUGUGGCACAAGUACUGCGGCGCCCCAACGCACUCUGUGUGAGCGCACCACUGGAAGCUGCCAAUGCACCCCCUCAUGGUGUGUUUGGGAACUUUUUUCCCCCCUUUCUCCUGGGUGGAAACAUCUCUCUCCUUUUCCUUCUCUGCAAGUUUUUUUUUUUUUUUUUUUUUCCCCUUUUUCAAACUGCUAACUCCCCAGAAGGAAACAUUUCAUGUGGAACAGCUGUCUGGGUGCUGGACUCAGGUGGAUCUUCGCAGGGGUGGAGCUGUCAUGCUCAUCUGGCUUAGAGAACCUACAUACUGAGGCCACUUUAUGCAGUACAUCCGGUCUGCUGAUAUGCAUAGGCCUGCUCCUAUUGGGGCCAAGUAUAGCAUAUACAGACACACACACACACACCAUCUGCAUCACACAUGAGCUCUGACCCGUUUUGUUUCCUUCUGUUCAAAUACCGCCUGACCUGUAACAACCUGGGAUGUUGGUCAUGUGAUCUUGUGGAUCAAAGGUUUGUACCACAACCUUUAGCAUCACAUUCAUCACCAAAAUAAAGAUGGAAACCCAGUAAAAUGUUUACUUCUGUUUUGGAUGGAGGUGGGGGGUGCAGUAGUGCAGUGGGUGGGACCG